GCGGCAGUUGGGCUCCGCUGGGUCGCAGGGACCGAGCGGUCAGCAAGCAGAGACCCCGCAAGCUACGGCUCUGGCUCUCCGCGCGAGCGCGCUCGGCUCCGCCCCGCCCUCUUGGCGCGCGCCCCCGCCAGGUCCGCUCUCUUCCCCCACCCCUGGCGCGGACGGGGUGGAUCCAGCGCACUCCCCUCCCCCGAGCGGCAGCGGCGGCGGGCGCUGAAUGAGAGACGCCGGCCGCCUGGGUCGGCUAGCGCUACCCUAGGCGGUGGCGGCGGCAGUGGCGGUGGAGCGUGAGGCCGGCGCCGUCUUUCCAUCCUCCAGGGCGACGGCCGCAGCUGCCCAGGAAUAAUGUAUUUGUGGCCUUGGACAUGAACCACUCAGUCCUCUGUUGCUGUUAACAUAGCGUCAGGGACUGAUGAGGGAAGCAUGGACCUAAUGAAUGGACAGGCAAGCAGUGUUAAUAUUGCAGCUACUGCUUCUGAGAAAAGUAGCAGCUCUGAAUCAUUAAGUGACAAAGGUUCUGAAUUGAAGAAAAGCUUUGAUGCUGUGGUAUUUGACAUUCUUAAGGUUACACCAGAAGAAUAUGCGGGUCAGAUAACACUAAUGGAUGUUCCAGUAUUUAAAGCUAUUCAACCAGAUGAGCUUUCAAGUUGUGGAUGGAAUAAAAAAGAAAAAUAUAGUUCUGCACCAAAUGCAGUUGCCUUCACAAGAAGAUUUAAUCAUGUAAGCUUUUGGGUUGUUAGAGAGAUUCUUCAUGCUCAAACAUUAAAAAUCAGAGCAGAAGUUUUGAGCCACUAUAUUAAAACUGCUAAGAAAUUAUAUGAGCUGAAUAACCUUCAUGCACUUAUGGCAGUGGUUUCUGGCCUACAGAGUGCCCCAAUUUUCAGGUUGACUAAAACAUGGGCGUUACUAAGUCGAAAAGACAAAACUACCUUUGAAAAAUUAGAGUAUGUAAUGAGUAAAGAAGAUAACUACAAAAGACUCAGAGACUAUAUAAGUAGCUUAAAGAUGACACCUUGCAUUCCCUAUUUAGGUAUCUAUCUGUCAGAUUUAACAUACAUUGAUUCGGCAUACCCAUCAACUGGCAGCAUUCUAGAAAAUGAGCAAAGAUCAAAUUUAAUGAAUAACAUCCUUCGAAUAAUUUCUGAUUUACAGCAGUCCUGUGAAUACGAUAUCCCCAUGUUGCCUCAUGUCCAAAAGUAUCUGAACUCCGUUCAGUAUAUAGAAGAGCUACAAAAGUUUGUGGAAGACGAUAAUUACAAGCUUUCAUUAAAGAUAGAACCAGGGACGAGCACACCACGUUCUGCUGCUUCCAGGGAAGACUUAGUAGGUCCUGAAGUAGGAGCAUCACCACAAAGUGGGAGAAAAAGUGUGGCAGCUGAAGGAGGCUUGCUACCACAGACACCCCCCUCCCCUCGGAACCUGAUUCCACAUGGACAUAGGAAGUGCCACAGCUUGGGUUAUAAUUUCAUUCAUAAAAUGAACACGGCAGAGUUUAAGAGUGCAACGUUCCCAAAUGCAGGGCCAAGACAUCUGUUAGAUGAUAGCGUCAUGGAGCCCCAUGCACCAUCUCGAGGCCAAGCUGAAAGUUCUACUCUUUCUAGUGGAAUAUCAAUAGGUAGCAGUGAUGGUUCUGAACUAAGCGAAGAGACCUCAUGGCCUGCUUUUGAAAGGAACAGAUUAUACCAUUCUCUCGGCCCGGUGACAAGAGUGGCACGAAAUGGCUAUCGAAGCCACAUGAAGGCCAGCAGUUCUGCAGAAUCAGAAGAUUUGGCAGUACAUUUAUAUCCAGGAGCUGUUACUAUUCAAGGUGUUCUCAGGAGAAAAACUUUGUUAAAAGAAGGCAAAAAACCUACAGUAGCCUCUUGGACAAAAUAUUGGGCAGCUUUGUGUGGGACACAACUUUUUUACUAUGCUGCUAAAUCUCUAAAGGCUACAGAAAGAAAACAUUUCAAAUCCACAUCAAAUAAGAAUGUAUCUGUAGUAGGAUGGAUGGUGAUGAUGGCUGAUGACCCAGAACAUCCAGAUCUCUUCCUGUUGACUGACUCUGAGAAAGGAAAUUCAUACAAGUUUCAAGCUGGCAAUAGAAUGAAUGCAAUGCUGUGGUUUAAGCACUUAAGUGCAGCCUGCCAAAGUAACAAACAACAGGUUCCUACAAACUUGAUGACUUUUGAGUAAAAGCCUGAGGGAGGAAAAAAAAAAAAAAGGUGAACUCCUGUGUGAAAACAGGGACCUAAUAAAAGAGCGCCAGCUGUUAACCAUCCUGUGCCAGGAAGACCCCAGAGGCCGUGUCUCAGCCUUUGGAGCUCUGAACCAAAAAAGCACUAAUUUCAGGGAAUGAAGUGAGAUAUUCCCAGAGAACAAAUUGGAAUUGCAAAACAAACUGCCAUGAACCAUGCUUCUUAUCUCUGAACUGACCUGUGGAAGCCACUGCCUUAAAAGAGUGAAAGGAAAACCAACUUGAAACACCAAAUAGUGUGUGUGAAUCUUCUGGCGGUGCUGUGCUUGGAAUAGAUUGUAGCUAAUUUGCAUUUCUUUUAACUUUGUACUAAUUUUGAAGGGGGGAAUCGCCUUUUUUUUUAGACAUGCUUUAAAAAGGAAAAACAUCUUUCUUAGGGAUUACAUGAGGAGCUGAUUUUCAACCAAGAUGAGAGAUACUUGGCAGGGAUCGUACAGCAGCCCACCUGUGAGGUUUGCUCAGCCUCCAGUGGUCCGCAGCCUCAUUUGCUUUCUCCCAGCAAGAGUGUGGAAAUUAGGAAUGUUAAUAAUGUGAGUUGUUGGAGUUUGUUUGGAAUUGGGUGGGGGUGUUUUAUUUUGGACAAGGGGAGAUUUUUUUAAACACUAAACUUCUGAAAUUUAGUACUGUAUGGGGAACAUUAUUUCCUGCAGGAGGUACAAAGGCUGAGUGUUCAUUUGCCAGACACUUUUUAAAAAGUAGGCUCCAGAAUACAUGGUUUUUUCUAACUGGGGUUAAAGUUUAGCUUUCUAUAUGAUUUCAUUGUUGGACCACAGAUCUGCUUAGUAGAGAACUAUAAUCCCAGCCCAAACUUUUCUGAGAAGAAUUGUCCAGUAAUUAGAUCUUUUUUUUUCCAAAUUGAUUGGAUUAUCCCAUAUAAUCACAGGUGGUUUUUAUCAUCAUGGUGAUACAUUGGUAUUUUGUCGGGAUAUUUUCUUUCACAGUGUUUAAUGUGCAUACUGCCAGAGUUAUUUUUUUAUUAUUUGUUUUCUUUAUUUUUGUUCAAUAUGAGAUUCAGGAUCAUAAUUCUUUAAAAGAUUCCACAUAUAAAUGUAUGCAUGUAUUUUAUUAUUGUAAGAUCUACAGAAUAAUUUUGAGAGGGAUAAAGGUGAAAGUUUGAGAUUCUGGGAAUUUUAAAUAUCAGAACUUUAUUCCUUAUACAACUUACCGUAAACAUACCAAAACAUUUUUCUGAAAACAUAAGUUUCUGACAUGAAACUGUGUUUUGUCAGUAGCUGACCAAGCAGUUUUGUUAAAGCUCUUCUCUGCAAUAAUGCAUUUAAUUUCUAAAAUAAAUGUUGAAUUUAAAAAGAAAAUUGAAAGUAGGAUGCCUUAGAAUUUUAACAAAAUGACACUUGAACAAAGGCUAGUUGUUAGACAUUAUAAACUCUUGAGGCAUCAUAAAUUUUAGCAGCAGCCCAAAGUAAUGAAUGCUUUGUGACUAAUACCUGCUAAUAGACUUCUGUUACUUUGGGCCUCACAUAAAAUUUGUCACAUUUGUGUUUUUAGAGAAUUUUAUACUUUUUUUUUAAAUCCUAAGUAUUUCACCCUUAAGUCCAAAAAACUAAAGGAGAAAAUAUUCCUUAUAUAAUAACUAGCUAAAAGUCUAUCCAAAGGAAAAUAUAAGAGCUUUUUUGAGUGGUAAGUUUUUAAAUUUAGUUUUCUGUUUGGAAAAGAUGUUAAGAGUUCGAAUAUUUGCUUCUCAUAUGACAGAAAGGCCAUUAUUUCUGGGUUUUAGUGACAUAAUCUGGAGAGGGCAGAAGUUGCCUGUGCUGAAUGAUUUUUCAAUUUGUGUUCUCCUAAGCGAAACCCAUGUUGGGUACGUAGAAAGACGCCACCCGCAUAGCCAGCAGUAUUACUACGUAGACCUUGCACGUCUUAUUUUUGUUUUACAUUUUUUUAAGUUUCUUAAUUUGUUUAUUUCUCUUUAGAAAUAGCAUUUUUAACAGUAUAUGUGCUUUUAAAAAGAUACCAUGAAUGCGAACCCUGUGGAUUUUUUUUAUUAUUUUGUUUGUCAUAAAUAAGCUAAAGUAGAUAUGCUGUAGGUUAACUGUUAUCUGUGGAGAUAUGCAACUAGAAGUCAGAGCCUGACAUCACAGUUUUGCCAAAGAGAGAGCAGUAGGCUGGAAGAUGUGUUUGAUAUUUGCAGCUCUAAACAUUAAAGGAUACUUGCCUAGAGUAAAACAGUGUGCACCUUUGGUUAAUGAAGUUCAUAGGUAGAAUUGUGGCCUCUGACCAGACAUCUGCUCUUAAACAAAAACAGUUCAGAAGUCAUCAUCAUUUUUCUGUCUUUAAAUUUGUCCUUUCAAAAGAUUGGUUAUUGCAUUUUUAAGAUUAUUUUAGCAUUUGAAGGAAAUUGAAACCAGUGAGAUGAGAGGAGUGAAUUAAAAUAGUGUAGGUGAAUUUUUUAUCUACAGUUCACUAAGUGACAUAUGAUAACAGUUCAAACAAAAUAUGUUACCAAAAUACAUUUAAUAUUUAGGUAGUUUAUGACUAGGAAGAUGAAUUUUCUUAUUAAGCCUGUCAUUUGUUUCUUCCCUAGCCAAGAAAACUCAUUUGAAAUUCUCUUACAAUUUAAAUUUAAUCUGGUUUAUGGUAAGCCUGACACUGGGCAUGUUAUGUCGCCUAGGGUAGUGGUGUAGAAUACUAGCCAAUAUCAUAGGAAGCAUACAUAUGUCAUUUAACAAUUUAUUUGAACAUAGGGGCUUAUUUUUCAUAUGGAACUAACAUACUAGUUUUAAAAAUACAACUAUAAAGAAAACUACAUAACCUUUUUAAGCACUAUUUUUGGUUUUAUGUCCCCUUUGUUCAGGCUGUGCUUGUUUUCCAAGUAUUAUUUUUACUGUAACCUCCAAACUAUAAGAAUUGGAAGAGAACUAAGGAUCAAACACACCUUCCUAUUUCAUUUUCUUCACUCUGUAAAUUUUGUGUAAACAUUACAAAAAAGGAUUUAGACCAGUUGAGUUGAAGUUUUUUUUGUUUGUUUUUUGUUUUGUUUUGUUUUUCCUCCCCAGACACGUGCUUCAAUGACAGACGUUUUUCCUAGGAGAAAAAUGCCAUAUAACUAUUGCACUCCCUUUUACAUGGACUGUGUUGCUAUUGGGUCUUUGCGUAUAUCAGGGUGUUUAUGGCUGCAAAGUUUUUACAAGGGGCUUUAUUCCUCUUUCAGAAGACUUAUAAAGGAGCCCAAGAAGCGCUACUGUUAUGAAGGGAGAAAAGAAUGGAAAACGUGUUUACAGACUUGGGUGUGUCUAUGUCAGUUAAAACUGGGGCCCCCUAAGAGAAGCCAGUUGAUCUCUUGGGAUUAUUGGAAUUUAUCUGGCCAAAUGACUUAAGCAUAAAUCUUUUUUCUUUUUUCUUUCCUUUUUAAGGUUAAAUCUGUAUACCUUUACCACUGAUAACAAAACUAUAGAACAUCAUGCUAAUUAGAAAUCAGUAGACAUAGGAGAUUUCAUCUAUUGGCUUUUUUAAAAAAUCUAUUCGCUAUUGAUCUCCUUACUGUGUUUUGAGGUACAUUCCUUUAUAACCAGUUUUUAAAUCAUCACAUUAUCAUCUGCAAACAAAGGGGUACCAGUGUUGCUUAACAGAAGAUCAUCUUUAAUAAAAUAAAUCCUCUGCUUCAAAGGCUUUUGAAAUCAUUGGAUCCCUUUUUGAAAAUGAUAAUGAAUUUGUGUCCCAGGGGAACAAUAAUACUACCGUUGCACAAGUGGAUGAUACAAAGCAAGUGAUGAGGUUUCUGUUUCGGGUUUGCUUUUAUUUUCUCUCUUUUGUAUUAUUUUUUUUCAAACACAGUAAAUCUAUGAUUUUACAGCUAGAGUGGUAUUCUGUUUUUUCUAAGCUUGGAGACGCAAAUAUUGCUAUUUAAUCCCAUUAGUGAUCUAUUAUUUUCCAUGUGAACCUUUUCAAAAUGAUUUAAGUACCUUUUGGUUUUCUUCCCCUAAAAAUGGCUUGUGUCUAAAGUGACUUUUUUUCUAUUUGGAGGGUUCAAAUGAAAGAGAUCUGUGCAUGCAAACUCUUAAACUUACCAAAAGCAAUUUCAUUGCAUCUAUGUUGCAAGUUACAGUGUGAGGAAAAUUUGGUCAGUGCCUUAUCAAUUUGAAGAACAAUUUUAGGGCAUCACAUAUGACAAUAAUUUCAUGCCCUCUUACUCCACUGAUUUCAGGAGUGUGUGCUGUCCCUCUCUCCACCAGCUUCAUCUUUCUCACUAUACGUCUAAGAAGGUCUUUACGGAAACUUGUAGGUAAUUGUUGCCUUCCUCCUUGGUUGUUGAGCCUUUUUAAACAAACUCUCUUAAAAACAAUGUCGAAGAGCCAAGUUUAUUUUUAUUUUGUUGUUGAUGCUAUUGUUUUAAGCACAGAUUUAAUUAUAAGACCUUUGAGAAAUCCAUAAAAGAAUAACAUAUAUUCAGAAAAAAAUUAUUUGGGUUUUAUUAAAGCUACUGAACUCUAGUAACAGGAUUCCCUGUGGCCAGAAAUGAGGUUUGUUUCUAUUCAUUAUUAUAUUUAAGUAACACUCAGAAUGAGCAAGCAGUCACUCAACUUACAAGUUGUUGUUCACUUGAAAAUACCAUGCAAGAAAGUAAAAACAACUCCAAUAUACAAAUUAAAGGAAAGUUAAAGAAACUAAACUAGAUUUCUCAGUGAAAGCAAAGAUUGGAGAUGUUUCACUUCUGUGAGAUUAUUGGGAUCUAUUAGUAUUCACCUGAUUCAAGAUGCUAAAGCUUAAUGAAAGGGUUAGCUGGUCCUGAAGGGUUGAUAGCAGAAUUUGCAUUUGAUUCAAGCCAUUUGGACUAUAAAGCAAUGGUGGGAUAAAAAGAACACAUACAAGGUUUGGGGUCUGAACUGUUUGUUUGUUUGUUUGUU